AGGCGUGUCGCACUUGACCAAAAUCCUCGAGGACAAUGGAAGCGAGCUGAUUCUAGUGGAUCAGAGAUUCGACUGGCCCAUCGCACGACCGCUAGAGGAAAACGAACUUUUGAGCAUCGAAUUGUACAGUCGGAAUCGGUUAUUCGCGGAUAAAUUAAUCGGGUCGUACUCGUUGGUUUUGCAAAGAUUGGUGCAGGAUGGCAGGCUCAGCAUCAGCGACACCCUGGUCGACUUGAACAACAAGCCUCUACCGUGUUCGAUCGAAUUCGACGUUCUGUACACGCUGCCGGACGAGUCGAUGGCUUCUUUCGCGGGCAGCCAGGCUUUCGACAUGCUGUGACGACGAUCAACAGAUGCUGAUCGACAUCGAGCAGAACAUCGCGAAUAUCGAACGCAACCUGACAACAGGCCCGCACGAAACGUGGGACAGGGACGACGUAAGGCAACAAAAGUCGACGUCAAGAAGAGCACCAGGUACCCCGGAAAAAUCGUCGGAGCGAAAAAAAUCGGCGCUACGAAGCGUUAAAAGCCUGAUUCGUUUCGGAAAGCAGCGCCCCCCCAAGGAGACGUGCAGCGACAAUGAGGACGAAAUGGCCUCGCUUUUGCACGGCGAGUCCGGACGGACGUCCCGGAACCAGUCCGAGCCGGAAUCGGGUCCGGUCUCGCGGACCGGAAGCCAGAGCUCGUUGGGGUCCAACGCGGAGAGCCAGUCGUCGAUGGCGGCCGAAAAAAACAGAAGAGCUACCAGGCUGAAAGCGGACCUGAAAACGACCGUGGAGUCGGCUUUGAAAGCUCAAGAUUUCCAAGUAUGCCUUACAAUCAUAGAGGCCCGUCAGUUGGCAGGCCUGAAUAUGGAUCCGGUAGUGUGCAUUCAAGUCGGCGACCAGCGCAAAUACACCAGCGUGAAGGAGAGCACCAACUGCCCUUACUUCAACGAGUAUUUCGUAUUUGAUUUCCAUAUGCCUCCGAUAAUGCUAUUCGAUAAAAUAAUUCACCUUUCGGUGUUACAUUCUAGGAAACUUUUGCGAAGCGGUACAACGGUUGGUACCUUCAAGAUAGACGUCAAGACGGUCUAUGAUGCACCUGACCAUCAGUUCUACCACAAAUGGGCGCUGCUCACCGACCCGGAUGAUAUUGCCGGCGGUCCCAAGGGAUACCUGAAGUGCGACAUCAGCGUCAUCGGGAAAGGGGACACCGUCAAGGUUCCGCCCAAGAGCGAGAAGGAUGAAGAUGAUAUCGAAGCGAAUCUUUUACUGCCGGACGGCGUUCCAACGGACAGACAACGGGCAAGGUUCAUCGUUAAAGUUUACAGAGCCGAUGGUCUCCCGAAAAUGAAUUCUUCCCUGAUGGCGAACGUGAAAAAAGCCUUUACUGGGGAGCUAAGCGAUUUGGUGGACCCCUACGUGCAGGUGUCCUUUGCAGGACUAACUGGCAAAACGAGCGUGAAAAAGAGCAGCUACGCACCCGUGUGGAACGAGCAACUGGUCUUCACGGAAAUGUUCCCGCCGCUGUGUCAACGCAUCAAAAUCCAGUUGCGGGACAACGAUCCGGUUAAACCGACGGUGAUCGGUACGCAUUUCAUCGACCUUAAAACGAUCUCGAACGACGGAGAGAAGGGAUUUCUGCCCACGUUCGGUCCCUCGUUUAUUCACCUGUACGGUUCCACCCGGGACUACAGCCUCAUAGACGAACACUCCAGUCUUAAUACGGGACUAGGAGAAGGGGUUUCCUAUAGAGCUCGCCUUCUGGUCUCAAUUCGGACCGAGAUCACUGACAACGUUGACUUGGCUCCGGCAGCGGUGGAAAUCGAACCUUCAGUGCCAGUGAACGAGGCCUCCUACGCCAAAAACGAGGAGUUUUUCCUAUUUGCCACGAUUUUAGACGCGUCCAUGAUCGACAAGAAACUCGGAGAUAAACCCGUCUAUUUCGAGAUCAGCAUCGGAAAUGCUGGAAACGCUAUCGACGGUCACAAUGAGUCCGCCAGGGAGCACUAUGAUUCCGACAGUGAUGAGCUGGAAGUGAUUUGUUCUGACAGCGCGUCUUGGCAAAGCACUACCACACCUUCAAAACCCAUGACGCACGAUAAACUCUACUACUUCCUUCCGUAUUGGGAUAAUAAGCCCUGCAUGCACAUCCGGUCGGUGUGGGCCGAUUACCGGAAGCGGAUGUAUAACGCCAAUAUGAUCUCCAAAAUCGUUGAAAAAAUGGAAGAAGGUCUGUCAGAAGUGAGUUCUGCGAUGGAGAUUGAAGAUCCCGACGCGGAAACUCACUUGAAACAGGUGCUCGAGGACUUUUCCAUCGGAUGCACAAAGUAUGUUACUUUGUCCAAAGGGUCGGUGUCAGGACCUGGCACAGGAAAAACCAAACUGGACAAGGAGCAUCUUAAACUGUGCCAAAGAGAAAUUGAACACAUAGGGAACGCGUCCAGGAACCUACGAGCGCUGGUAACAAAGAGCUCCUUCAAGGAACGCUACAAAACCGCCCAGGGUUACUUAACAAAGCUCAAAUUUCUUACCGAAGACCCGCAGCACGCUUUACCCGACGUGUUUUUCUGGAUUAUCAGCGGAGGCAAGCGACAGGCGUACCAACGGAUUCCCGCGAGAGAUAUCAUAUAUUCCAUUGUGGACGAGGAGUGCGGCAAAGAUUGCGGAAAAGUUAGAACCAUGUUCCUCAAGCUUCCAGGUAAAAAAGGCACGGGCCCCAGCGGAUGGACAAUCCCAGCCAAGCUUCAAAUAUACCUGUGGCUUGGAAUGCUGAAACACAAAAAGAACUUCAUCAACGGUUUGCCAAAGGGUUACGAAAUUACGCAGGAAAUCAGGAACGUCGAGAGGCCGAGAGCCAUGCCGCCGUCGGUCAUACAUUACAUUGACAAACACGUAUUUCAGUUGAGGGCCCAUAUUUACCAGGCGAGAUCGCUGAUUGGCAGCGAUGCUUCCGGUCUAAGCGACCCCUUUGCAAGGGUCGUAGCCGGAGAAUUCAGCAAAACUACGCAGGUAAUUGAUGAAACUUUAAGUCCGACGUGGGACGAGCUGCUAAUCUUUAACGAGAUCCUGAUCUACGGCCAGGCUGACGAGAUAAAGCGCGACCCGCCCGAGAUAAUCAUCGAAAUAUUCGAUCAGGACAAGGUGGGAAAGUCCGAAUUUAUAGGCAGAGCGUUGGCCAAACCCCACGUCAACCUGCGGGACGACGCUUACUGCAAGCCGUCGUUUCCGCCCUCGCUCGAGUGGUUCGCGAUAAGCAGGGGCAGCGACCACGCGGGAGAGCUCUUGGCGGCGUUCGAGCUGCUGGAGAUUCCCGCCGACGCCGCUCCCUUGCCGUCGCUGCCGCAUCCCAAGGACAUCCCCAUGUACAAGGAAACGGACCCGCGAGACGUGACGUCGCUGCUUCCGGUGCCCAGAGGGAUAAGGCCAACUCUUGCCAGAUACAGAAUAGAAGUGCUAUUCUGGGGCCUAAGAGACCUGAAAAGAAUCCACCUACUAACAGUCGACAAACCAAGAGUGGACAUUGAAUGCUCCGGUCACAUUCUAUCAUCGUCUAUAAUCCAAAACUACCGGAAAAACCCCAACUUCGGAAGUCCUGUGAAGUUCCUCGAUCUCGAUCUCCCCGAACAGGAACUUUACCGGCCGCCUUUGACGAUACGAGCUGUCGAUUGCAGGAGUUUCGGUCGCUACACCCUUGUGGGCACGCACACAAUCAAUUCAGUGCAAAGGUACAUGUAUCAUCCGUAUACAAAGCGAGACAGGGAAGCGGAUGAAAGGAAGAGGUCCUUAAAUCAACUCAAAGCCAUGGACUGUACUUUGGGAAAUCAAAAUGCCAUGAGCAACGUUGCGCUAUUGUGCAAUGAUAGGGAAAAGAGUCCGCUUUUACCGAAGGAUAUAAGUGUUUCAAUUGGAUAUGGGACGCAGGAUAGUGCCAAGUGGAAACAGGAGCCGCACAAGAAAAGCAAGCACAGCACUCUGGACGACGACGCAGACGACGAGGAAGGCAGCAAGGACUGGUGGACCAAGUACUUUGCCUCGGUGGAACGCAUGAUAGACGAAUCGAAGGAGGCCAAGCGCGUCAAUCACAACGGCAACCUGCUGGUGUGCGGCGGCGGCGACGACGACGGCAACCCCGCCAGCGGUUACAGUUCGGACAGAAGUCCGGGGAUCGAGUACAGGAGGCGGUUCGGGUUCAAGACGGCGGCGACUGCGUCCAGGUUGGCGGCCAGGAUCAGUCCCAAGAGCGCGAGGAAGAGGACCAAGUACAAACCUGUCUUGUGCAAGGUUUUUCCAACAGAAUUAGAACUAAAACCAGAGUAUCAUGAAUUUAGAGAAUGGCUACAUACAUUCGAACUUUAUAGGGGAAAAAAGACUGGAGAGGAUUCUGAGGACGAAAGUAGAGUAGUUGGUUAUUUUAAGGGGGCAAUCAAGGUGUACAAAUGGCCGUUGCCGAAGGACAUCGAGGACAGGACAAUCAUGGGUUUCGACCCGCAAUUCGGGUUCUUUCAGGGACUGCCAUCCAACGACCCGAUCCGCGUCUUGGUCAGAGUUUACGUGGUGAAAGCCAACGACCUCCAUCCGAUGGAUUUGAAUGGCAAGGCGGAUCCUUACAUAGUUUUGCAAUUGGGAUCGAAGAGGAUCAGCGACAAGGAUAAUUACAUCUCCAAGCAGCUCAAUCCAAUUUUUGGAAAAUGCUUCGAGAUCGAGGCCACAUUUCCGCAGGAUUCGCUGUUGACCGUGCAAAUUUACGAUUGGGACCUGGUCGGCUCGGACGACAUCGUGGGCGAGACGAAAAUCGACCUGGAAAAUAGAUUUUACAGCCGACAUCGGGCCACGUGCGGGCUCCCGGAAAAAUACGAAGAACAAGGAUACAACGCUUGGAGGGACGCCAUGAAACCGACUCAAAUUUUGGCGAAACUCUGCAAGGACGCCAAAGUGGAGGCGCCCGUUUACAGCGACGGCCAAGUCAAGUGCGGAAAGCAGAUGUUUUCCAUUCAAUGCGACGACGUCGAUUUCUACAAGAACCGCGAGGCCGAGGAGCACAUGGCGCUUGCGGUACUUCACAGGUGGCAUGAAUUUCCCCAAAUUGGUUGCCACAUUGUGCCUGAGCACGUCGAAACACGCCCAUUGUACAACCCGGACAAACCAGGCAUUGAGCGGGGGAAACUGGAGAUGUGGGUGGACAUGUUCCCCAUGGACAUGCCUCUUCCAGGGCCCCCUCUGGAUAUAUCGCCGAGAAAACCGAAAAGCUACGAGUUAAGGGUGAUUAUUUGGAACACCGACGAGGUCGUUUUGGAGGACGAUGCCUUUUUCACAGGAGAAAAGAUGUCGGAUAUUUAUGUCAAAGGUUGGUUGAAGGGCCCAGAAGACUGCCAGUGCACUGAUAUUCACUACAGAUCUUUGACGGGGGAGGGAAAUUUCAACUGGCGGUUUCUUUUUCCGUUCGAUUACAUGGUGGCCGAGCAAAAAAUUGUGAUAUCGAGAAAGGAAUCGUUGUUUUCCUGGGACGAGACGGAAUGCAAGAUUCCUGCUAGAUUGGAGUUGCAGGUUUGGGAUGCAGAUCAUUUUUCGGCUGAUGACUUUUUGGGCGCUAUAACCUUAGAUCUAAAUCGCUUUCCUCGAGGAGCAAAAUCCUCAAAACUCUGCACUCUAAACAUGCUGAAAGCUGAUGGGUCUGUACCCAUGGUGAACAUAUUCAAACAGAAAAGGGUGAAAGGAUGGUGGCCCUUUUUCAUUAAAAAGGAUAACGAAGAAAUGGAGCUGACUGGCAAAGUCGAAGCUGAAAUACAUCUUCUAACAAAGGAAGAAGCUGAAAAAAUACCUGUCGGUUUCGGAAGAAAUGAGCCUGAUCCUCUGGAGAAACCAAAUCGCCCCGAUUCUUCUUUCAUGUGGUUCAUGAACCCCAUAAAAUCCAUCAGAUACAUCUUGUGGCACAACUACAAAUGGAAAAUACUAAAAAUACUGAUAAUCUUGGGCUUAGCAAUAAUCAUACUUUUAUUCUUCUACUCUAUUCCAGGCUAUACUGUCAAAAAAAUGAUUGGUGCUUAAACUAUCUAUUUUCUUAUAAAUACUAUAUUGCACAUUGUAGAUGCAAACGAAGAACUACUAAGUUUUAGUAUUUAUUGAUAUUACAUAAAUCAAAAUAUAUUUUGCUCAUAUGAAAUACUAUAAUGUAAGGCUCAAAUAUUUUCUCAAUCUUAAAAAUGUGUAAGUAUUAAGACUUGAUAGUUCUAGUUUUUAAAUCACAAAAAUAAGUACAAAUUUAAUCGUUAAUCGUGUAAGAUAUUUUGCUGCGACAUGUACCAUAAACUAUAAAAAUAAAUUGAUAACACUAAACAGUAUUUUAUUUUAAUUUUUUUUCCAUUACAUCUUUGGCAUGGGAUUUCCAUUUU